CAUGACUAGUAUGUUCCGAGAAACGCCCACACCUGAUGCUUCUCUUUCUGAAAAUGUUGAUGCUAAGCUGUCCUUUCUACCUGAAAGAAUGAGAAAGAAACUGCUUCCUUUUCAGGAAAAAGGCAUCUUAUUUGCACUUCAAAGAGGUGGCAGGUGUAUGAUUGCUGAUGAGAUGGGAUUAGGUAAAACAAUUCAAGCAAUUGCCAUUUCCUAUUACUAUAUAAAGGAAUGGCCUCUAUUAAUUGUAGUACCUUCAUCUUUGAGAUAUCCUUGGGUUGAUGAGUUGGAGAAGUGGAUACCAGAACUCUCUCCAGAUGAUAUUAGCAUUAUUCAGAAUAAAACUGAUACUGGGAGAAUACCAACCAGCAAAGUGACAAUUCUGGGAUAUGGCUUGUUAACUAGUGAUGCACAGACUUUAGUAGACGCUUUGUCCAGGCAAAACUUUAGGGUGGUUGUGAUUGAUGAAUCACACUACAUGAAAUCCAGAAAUGCUACCCGCAGCAAGAUUUUGUUGCCAAUUGUGCAGAAAGCUGUUAGAGCGAUUCUUCUUACUGGAACUCCUGCUCUAGGAAGACCUGAAGAGCUUUUCAUGCAGAUUGAGGCACUUUUUCCAAGGAGAUUUGGAACUUGGAGUGAAUAUGCCAAAAAAUACUGCAAUGCUCGUGUCAGAUUUUUUGGUAAAAGAGCUCAGUGGGAUUGUAGAGGAGCUUCAAAUUUAGAGGAACUGCAUCAACUUUUAAGGGAAAUAAUGAUCAGAAGACUGAAGAAUGAUGUUUUAACUCAGCUGCCUCCCAAAGUUAGGCAGCGUAUUCCAUUUGACCUUCCACAAGCUGCAGCUAAGGAUUUGAAUACAACUUUUGCACAGUGGGAGAAGUUAAUGAGAGGUCUGAAUUCAGAUGCCACUGAAAGCCACUUUGUUGAGGUCAUGAGUCUAAUCACACGCAUGUAUAAAGAAACAGCCAUUGCCAAGGCAGGAGCAGUAAAGGACUAUAUCAAAAUGAUGCUUGAAAAUGACAAAUUAAAAUUUCUAGUUUUUGCUCACCACUUAAACAUGCUUCAAGCCUGUACAGAGGCUGCUAUAGAAAGUAAGGCUCGCUACAUACGAAUAGAUGGAAGUGUUCCUUCUGCUGAAAGAAUACACCUUGUUAAUCAGUUUCAGAAGGAUCCUGACACCCGAGUUGCUAUUUUGAGUAUUCAGGCAGCUGGUCAGGGUUUAACUUUUACUGCUGCUACUCAUGUUGUAUUUGCCGAAUUAUAUUGGGAUCCAGGCCACAUUAAGCAAGCAGAAGAUAGAGCACAUCGAAUUGGACAGUGCAGUUCUGUAAACGUUCACUUCCUUAUUGCAAAAGGAACACUGGAUCCUCUUAUGUGGGCCAUGCUGAAUCGUAAGGCCAAAGUUACAGGAAGCACCUUGAAUGGCAAGAAAGAAAAAAUGCAGGCUGAAGAAGGUGAUAAGGACAAAUGGGAUUUUUUGAGUUUUGCUGAAACCUGGACCCCAAAUGAAAGUCUAGAAGAUUUCAGAAAUGAGCUUUUAUUUACACAUUUUGAAAAGGAAAGACAGCAUGACAUACGUUCCUUCUUUUCUCCAAAAUCCUCCACUGAAAAGAAACGCAAAAUAUUUUCUUGCAAUGAACCUUUAAAUCUAGCUUCAGAUUCACUUGAAGUCACAAAAGAGGAUGCAGAGAAGAGCAGUGAAAACCUGGACUGCACAGAGAUGAGUGAUGUGGAUUCAAUUUGUCAUAAACAAACUGAUGAACCUGACGCUAAAAGAUCAAGAAGCAUAAGUGGAUCUACUCCAGUCAGGUGCAGCAAGAAAAAUUCUUUGGCUUCAAAAAAAACCACUUUGUUUACAGAGAAAAACAAUCAAGCCCUUCCUUGUGGCUUAAAUCCUUCAUGUAAAAGCAUGGCUUUAUCUAAAGUUUGGCACUGUGAUGUUUGCACUUACAGUAAUAAUGAAUUACUCCCUUACUGUGAAAUGUGCAAUUGCCCUCAAAGCAGUCAUGUUAAGAGAAACCAUGAAUCUUCUGCUAGCCACAUGGAAGAUGAUGUAUCAAAGGACUCUGAAACAAGUGGAGAGAAAGCAGCGUGCAGUGAAGAAGACGGAAAAAGAGGUGUUGUGGAAAUAAUGACCCAGCAGUCUGACAAGAUCAGUGAACUGAAAGCUAUUGAAACUGAAAAUGGAAGUGAAAAGAAGGGUGAAGAAGAAGAUGCAGAUAAAUCAGAUAUGUUUCCAGUAUAUGAUGGGCUUAUGUUCUGUGCAAGCAGGAAUACUGAUAGAAUUCACCUCUAUACAAAGGAUGGUGAACCACUGAAUCAUAACUUCAUUCCAUUGGACAUACAGUUGGAUAACUGGGAAGAUUUACCAGAGGCUUUCCAGCAAAAAAGAAAUAGAUCAUUGAUACUGAGAUUUGUGAAAGAAUGGAGUCAUCUAACAGCAAUGAAACAGAAAAUUGUCAGAAAAAGUGGUCAGAUAUUUUAUAGUCCAAUUCUUGCUGCAGAAGAGGUGUCUAAAAAGCAGUCAGUGGUUAGCAGCACAAAAAGGUAUGUGACCAAGGAGGAUGUUGCAGCAGCCUCCCUUAGCAAAGCUAACAGCAGCGGGGGCAGCGUUCGCCUCAUCUCCAAAGAAAGUAGAGGAUGUCUGAAGAAUAAAGAUGCAUCUGUUGAACAAACAGGUCCUUCCCCAAAGUUGGUUGUAGAAAAUGGAAAAGCUCCCUCAGUUCUUCAUUCAAAUAAGGCUGAAGAAAAUACUUCCUCCCUCCCCAAGGGCUAUUUGCAGGCACUGGACAGCCAAGGGACCCCACUCUGUCUCAGCUGCCAGCUGCCAACGGUUCAGCAGGGGCAGGACUGCCCGGCCCCAGCUUGGGACACACGGUUCUGUUCCCACACGUGCCAGGAGGACUUCUCCAUUCGCUCUAGUCAGAGCUACCUGAGGACUAGAGUGUUUGAAAUUGAACGUGGCAUUUGCCAGUUUUGCAAUCAGAACGCCCAGGAGCUUUAUCUCAGCAUCAGGGAUGCGCCAAAGAGUCAACGGAAGAAACUGCUGGAGAGUUCUUGGAUGUCUCACCUUCCCCUAGGGCAGUUGAAUGAAAUUAUAACAAACCCAACAGAAGGCCAGUUUUGGCAGGUGGAUCAUAUCAAACCAGUUUAUAGUGGAGGAGGACAGUGCUCCCUGGAAAACCUUCAAACUCUGUGCACCGUCUGCCACAAAGAGAGAACUGCAAAACAAGCUAAAGAAAGAAGUCAGAUGAAGAGGCGUUCUUUAGCUACAAAGUAUGGCUGUGAUAUCACAAAAUUUUUUGUGAAGAUGUAAAAAUGCAAAAAAUAAUACAU